AUGGCUCUGGAUGGACUGGCGCAUCUGGCUCUGCUCACCAAUACCAUCAUGGCUGCAGCCCCGGUGGUGGAUCACCAUUGUACGAGCCUGUUCAAGUGGUUGCAUCUUGAACCGGAGGAAGACGACGAGAAGGACAGGGCAGUGGAUCGGGUGGAGCUGGGCACGGAUGCGAGUUGGGGUGUGCUGCUGGGGCUGCUGUCUCGGCCUGUUGUCGCUGCAGAUCCUUUCGCUGUUCUGCUCUCGCUCAUUCAGGAUCGGGUGGACCUGGGCACAGAUGCGAGUUGGAGUGUGCUGUUGGGGCUGCUGUCUCGGCCGGUUGUUGCUGCUGACCCUUUUGCUGUUCUGCUCUCGCUCAUUCAGUCCAAGCAACCCCGCCCCUCUGCUGCCACGACACAAGCCAUCCUCCUUGUCUCUUUCUGUGUGGCCGUCACACAAUCCCUCGCCGCCCUCCAGCCCUCCUCCCGCCUCCGCCCCUCCUCCCUCUCCUCCUCCACUCCCUCCUCCCGAGCCUCGGCCUCCUCCUCCCGUACCUCUGUUCCUUUCCUGGGGAUGUUUCUCCGACCCACCCCUGUUUCUGCUGCCGAUGCCGCCGCCGCUGCUGCCGCUGCUGCUUCCGAACCUGCCGGCAAGGAGUGGGCUGAGUGGGGUGUCCUGGCCUGCUGCUUGCCGUACCUUCGCCGAGCCUACAUCCUGAUUCACUAUCUUGGCAUAAUGCCGCUCAGAGAGCCCCCACUUGUGGAUCACCGCGUUAACACAAUUAAAAAUCUGAGCCCACAAGUGCUGCUCGCUGAUUGGCUGCGCCGCUCCCUCGCCCUUCCCUCCGUGGCCUCUGUGCUUCGCCUCAUGGCCUCUGCCAACAGCGAAGGCCCCAUCCCCCUUCCUCCUCGUGUCUCUGCAGCAUCAUCCAGCUCCCCGUGGCAACUCAGCCGCAUGUUCGCAUCGUGGAACCUACCAUCGGAUCCACCCCGGCUGGUCAGAGCACCCACCCAGCCAUCCUUCCACCCUUUGCCGGAGAUUUACCAGGACCUUCUUUUGUCAACGAUGAACAAGAAAUGCAGGAACUGCGGCCAGGAGCCUCCCAACCCCGCUGUCUGCCUGUGCUGUGGCGAGCUGCUCUGCUACCACUCCUCCUGCUGCCACUCGGACGGGCGUGGGGAGUGCUACAGACACGCGCUGAGAGAGAACGGGGGCACAGGACUCUUCCUGGUGAUGAGAUCGACACAGCUGGUGCUGAUACAUGGCGUGCACAUAUGUGCUGGUCUCUCCAUCUACCUCGACUCGCAUGGAGAGGAUGACGCGUACAUGCGUCGUGGUCGGCCCCUGUACCUUAGCCAUUCCCGCCUUGCAGAGCUUUCGCGUCCGGAUAGCGGAUCUCUUCAUCAUGCUCCAAUCUCGAGCAGAACCGCGUUUCCGAUCAGCAGAAGUCGUUCCGUCAGGAUUGACGCAGCAGCGGGUGGAUCGGGAAAGGGAUUUGGGUCCGGCCCUUCGAACAAGUCGCCGGCUAAAUCCAAGGGUAGUAAGUCUUCUGGCGGGGCCAAGAAGUCAUCUGGGCCGUCCGUCGCCGUGCCAGAAGAUCCAAAGAUUACGCGUCUCGUACAGCGAUUGGAGGAAAAAUCGUCAUCCAAUCCGUCACCGACACGUGGCCAUCCGCUGGUAGACCAGCGCGCAGCAGCAAAAGGCCGAGUAGACUUCGUUAAGGUGGAAGGUUGGGAGGCUGCAGGUUCGGCGGCAGGUUCGGAAUUAGGUCCGGACGAAAUUGGCAAUCUCAAGGUGAAAAGCUUCACCCCCGGCACCACUUCCCAAGGAUACGAGGCUCGGGCCGAAGCUGACCAGCAGCCUCGGCAGCAAUGGGCAGAAGGGGAUCCAGCCGCGCCGCAGGUCGGCCUGUAUGAGCGCCUGGUGAGGCACCUGCAGGUUCUCGAGUCGCAGGGGAAGCUCUCUGUUGCGCGCGCGAAGGGGGAGCCGCCGCUGCCGUCGUUCGAUCGGUGGAGGUUCGGAGCGAAGAGGUUCGGGCAAUACCUAGUCGAUCAGAUGCACGUGCACGAGGCUCUUGACAAGGCUGUAGUGCAAGCCCUUGGCGGGAAAACCGGCGGGGAGUCUGGCCGCGAUGGUGGGGAUGAUGUGUCAGGAGCCACGAGGGCUUUAAGCUUGGUGGGUCCAGCAAUUGGGCUGUCGCGGAGCGAGGCUUUAAAGAGCGAUAUCGCUGCUCUUUCUAAAGUGUGUACCACCAGGGGGGCAGCAGCGGCAGGAUCAGAGGUAGCGGCAGGAGGAGGAGAGGCAUCAGCAGCAGAACCAGUAGUACCUGGAUCGGCCACCACUGAAACCAUAGCCUACGUGCGACUAAUCGAGCAACUGGGUCAGAAAGCGUCAGCCUCAGCCAACAACAGCCAGGAGCAGGGCGAGCAGGAUCAAUCCACCCCUUCUUUCCUUUCCCUCAAAUCAUCAACCACUGGCAGCAGUGGUGCUGGCUCUGCUGCCAUUUCCCCUGCCGACGCUGCUCGGCUCAAGCUCUUCACCCACACGUUCACUCUCCUGGUCACACACCUUACCAACGGCAUGCGCAUUGGAGCUAAGGCAGUGGAGUGCCUUCCCUCCCUGCGUGCAGCCAAGGCAGUGAGGUUCUUCCAGGCGUAUCCCGAGACUGUUGGGGAUCCUAUGAAGGCGUUUAGGGCUGCUGUGGAUGAGGCUGGGAGAGGGAUGAGCGAGGGGGAGGUGGAACUGGUGGAGGGUGAACUGGGCCCUGCCAUGGUGAAGGCUAGUCUGUUGUUGAAAGUGCUGGCCGUUGAGGAGAGGGAGGCGGCUGUCAGUGCACCCUAG